CCCAGAAGUUCUUCUCGCCUGGCAUCACUGCGUGUAAGGUUUCUAUCAAGUUGUGUGAAUUAACUGUGCGAUUGGAGUGCAUUUUAUUUUCCCACGUGGUUCUUCAGCGAUGAAUUAAAACACUUAUGUUUCGAAGUGUUGGGAAAGAGUCUAAUGUCAUCUUUUAUUAUUAUUCCUACUUGUGGAUACACAUUAGCACUGUGUAACAUGUCCAUAAACAAUUUAUAUUGGUGCCACUUGAUACAAUUUUGAUAUAUUGUACGAAGAAUUAUAAUAUUUGGUUAUAAACGUUAGCUACGCCGAGGUUAGAUGUUUCGGAAGAUUCGCCCCGAUCUAUCAUGCGAUCGUCGACAGAGUGAUUCUAUAAAUGCCAUCUAAUGUUUCGACUAGGCGACAACUAAAAGUUUGCCAAGAUAGAGAAGGGGUUGCAUUUGACGUGCCGUAUUCUCCUCAAAUGGCAGAAAUGAGUAUCUCCCGGUUUACGGACAUACAAACACGAUGGGUCGUUACACAGGAAAGAAGUGUCGUCUAAUGACAAUGUUAUGGCUCACAGCUCUAUUUUUCUUGGUAGAAAUAGUAGUGGGUUAUGUAACUAACUCGAUGGCUUUGAUAGCUGACAGUUUUCAUAUGUUGUCUGAUGUAGCAGCACUGGUCGUUGCAUUUCUUUCUGUAAAGAUGUCGCCAAAGAAAUGGUCUAAGAAUACAUUUGGUUGGGCCAGAGCAGAAGUUUUAGGUGCUUUGGUAAAUGCUGUUUUUUUAGUAGCAUUGUGUUUUAGUAUUACCGUGGAAGCAUGUAAAAGAUUUAUUGAAGUAGAAGAAAUACAUGAAGCUAAAUUACUUGUAGCAGUCGGUGCACUUGGAUUACUAGUGAAUCUAAUUGGGUUGUGUCUAUUUCAUGAACAUGGAAACACCCAUGCACAUUCACACGGUAUUUCUCUAAGCCAUAACAGGCUUAGCUCUUUAGUUGGGACAGAUGACAAUGAAAACGAUGAAGCUUAUAGGCCAUCGACGCCGCAAGUGAAAAGGACACACCACGGCCAUUCUCAUGACGCAAGUCAAAUGAAUAUGCGUGGUGUGUUUCUUCAUGUACUCUCAGACGCAUUAGGAUCUGUUAUCGUCAUAGUGUCUGCUUUAAUUGUGUGGUUGACGAAAUGGAAAUACAGAUUUUACAUUGAUCCAGCUCUUUCACUUUUAUUAGUUAUUCUCAUUCUGCGGUCAGUGUGGCCAUUACUGCAAGAAUCUGCGUUAAUUCUUUUACAAACUGUACCAACACACAUUCAGGUCGAUGCUAUUCAACAACGCUUAUUAGAAAAUGUUGACGGUGUCUUGGCUGUACACGAAUUUCAUGUAUGGCAGUUAGCAGGUGAUCGCAUUAUUGCUUCAGCGCAUAUAAGAUGUAGAAAUUUGUCAGAAUACAUGAAGAUUGCAGAACAAGUGAAAGAGUUUUUUCACAAUGAGGGCAUACAUUCUACUACGAUACAACCAGAAUUUAUCGACUAUCAGUCUAAUAGUGAAAUUAAAGAAACACCAACAGAAGAUUGUGUAUUGGAUUGUCCAAAGACCGAUAAACCUUGCAAUCAUGCAACAUGUUGCGGCCCCUCUAAACAGGGUCGUGAAACUCCUUCGCCAGGAGAAACACCAUACAUGUGCAGGCAACGCAAUAGUCUCGCACGCUCAACUGGUUCUAUGAGAGGAGCAGAACAACAAGAAGUAAAUGAAAUGGAACGCGGACAUUUGCUAUCGCUGCCCGCUUCGCAUAACUCCGUCCAACUUCCACUUUCUCAUGUUAAUACACCGGUUGUAUAAGUUAUCAUCGCAUUAUCAAUACCUACCUCUAUAACAAAAUCUGCGGCGCGUUACAAUGUUAUUAUAAAGAUUCAAUAAACUGAUACAUACAGAUGUGUGUGUAUAUAUGUAUAUAUAUGAAAUCAGGUACAAUUCAUAUAUAUGUAUAUAUACGUGCCUGUGUGUGUAUGUCUGUAUGUAUGUAUGUAUGUAUGUAUGUAUAUAUGUAUGUAUGUAUGUAUGUAUGUAUGUAUGUACGUAUGUAUAUAUAUAUUUCGUUGCUAUUAAAAUCGAGAGUAAAUCUUUAUAGACUGCACCCAAAUAAUAAUUAUGUUAGGAAUUCUGUAACUAUUGCACAGCAAUGCGUAAAUUAUAUUAUUUAUAUUUAAUUGCAAGAUAAUAUUCUUAUUCGACGUUUAAUAUUUAUUUGGCAAUUCAUAAGUUGAAACCCAUUGUACAGAGUGUCCAAAAGUAAUGAGACAAGUCGAAAUAUUUAAAUUUCACGUAUCAAAAGGAAUAAACGAAAAUCUUCUGGCAUUAUACAAACUUGUAGUUUGGCUUUUAAGCGGCUAGAAGCAGUGAAAAUUUAAGGAUUCAGCAUCUCCCAAAGUGUACUGCUUAAUCCUUUCGAUAAAAACUUACGGUACUUGUGUUCGAGUUAUAUAGACUCUGUGAAAAAAUACAUGUGUGUAAAUAUAUACCUUUUUUGAAAUUAAACUGCACAAUAAUUUUGUAUUCUAUAAGAACAAAGUAAUUUGAUUUAAAUAUAAAAAUUUACUCAUAAAGUUAGAAAAACCGCAGCGAUAAAAUACGUUACUAUUUUCAAAAUAAAAUAGGUUAUACGAAUAAGUGAUAAUACAUCUUCAUCGUUUAGCAGAUCGUGAUAUUUUAUUAUCGAACGUAAUGAUCGCUCUAAAAAUUUCGUAACAUCCUUACAAAUUCAAUAUGAAUAUAGUAGCAGAUGCACUUCUGUUUUCAUCCCGCAAGGACACUCUGUUUCUUCGUCGCGCUAUUUAUUUACACUACGAUGAUCAAUAGACCCAAAUAGGUUUCUAAUUUCGACAAAUUGACAUUUUUACUGGACUGCUUUGAUACUUUACAAUUAUAACUUUUGACUUGUUCGCUACCACGCGUCAGAUAUCUGUAACACGCCGAUUCUCGUCAGAGAUCAACGUCAGAUAUGUCAGAUUGUCUAUGAUAUGUCAUUAUAAAGAAAUUAAGUAUGAAAAUUAUUCAUGUGGUUUAUUUAAUAAAUUUUAUUUGUACAUAGUUGCAAGCAUGCAUUGAAUACAAUUAAUAUAAAUGUAGGUAACUAAAGGUUAAUCGUAGGUAAAUUAAUACAACUGAUCGGUGAUAGCGAACGCAUUAAAACUUAUGCCUAUAAUCCGUUACCAGAAAUACAAAAGAAGAACAGAGUUAAUAUUUUUAUAAACAUAAUGUUUUUAUAUUUGUGAUUCUUGUCAAAGAAUAUCUUGUGGCUCCAACUGACUUGUACUUUCUAAUUUUUCUCUAAAUACAAAUGAAAUGCAUUUUUCCACAGUUCGAGCAUUUACAAAACAGGCUUGAAGAGAACUUGUCCUUAUUACCCCAUACCAGUUCCCUGGUUUCCUCGAUGUUCGCCGAUUUAAUUUACUAUUUCGAAAUCCUCGUAUAAUAGCUGGUGAAGAAUUUAUAUACACAUACUACAGUAUUUAGUGUUUGCAGGAUGGGAAUAAUGUUUUUAGCAUUUCUUCUUAUGGCUCUGCAUACGUGGCCCGCAGAAGAACGCUCUUGCUCAUCACAUGCCUGCAUUAAGAUCUAACUCGUAGUGCAUAGUUUUAAUUAGUUGAGUUUAUCUAAUUCUUUUAAUUCCAAUACUUAUA